GUCUGUACAAGACGCGUGCAUAUAAGAUGCCAUCGCAAUCCUUGCCGAACUGGUCGGAACCCGUCAAUUUGUGGGUUCCAUUAUCUUGGGAGUAUUCUCCCAACUUAUACUUCCAUGACAGAGGUGCCCACGACCGUUCAAUGAAUGUGAAAUUUGAGCUCUUCAAGAAUGCGAAAACACCGUUAAUGCGAAAGAUAAGCUUAGGGUUCGCAGAGAGCCAGAUAGCGGUGAAAUGAUCAUAUCCGUUCUAAACAGCGAACCUGAGCCAUGGCCGAUAUUCUCGCUCAACGUCUUCUGCUCUGACAAUAUUAGGCAGGUCAUGACAGACCUCGUCCAAGACACCCCGAUGCCCAAGACCCCUCUGGAUGGAAUCGGAAAAGUACUCGAUGCUAUGAAGCCCAUUGGGGUUGUCAUUGAUACGAUAGCAGAUUUACAUCCUGCGGCAAAAACCGCUUGGAGCCUAGUGUCAAUCGGAACGAAGCCCCUACGAAAGCUGAUGGAAAGUGAUGAGAUUGUCAGGAAACUCUACGUCACCAUGAUAUCGACAUACGAGCAAGCGAUUAGUCAAGAAAUCUUAUCGAAACGAGAGAGCCUGAAGACCGUUUAUGAUGCCCUAUUCCAGCACACCAUUGAAUGUUCCACGUUCAUUCGGGGCUACGUGAAUAAAACAAGUUUGGCAGAGCGAAUAACCCGUGCAUUCCUUUCGGACACGGCUGAAGAGUUUUGUGAAGGUUUCGAAGAUUUACGGAAAAUGUUGCUGUUAAACAUUGUAGCAGAAGCUCUCGCUGUAGCACUCUCCACGCAAGAAGACGCUGAGGAAAUUAAAAUGCGUCAAACACUCCGAGAACUUCGUCCACCGAAAAGUCUCAGAACCAAAUCAAAGUGCAUGAAAAAUACACGCGUCGAAACCAUCAAGUAUCUCUUGACCUGGAUCACAGAAUUACGUGGAGGUAUGCUGUGGUGCAGCGGCUUGGCCGGGACAGGGAAGAGCUCGAUCGUGGGCACGCUGCAUGAACAUUUCGUCGUUCACACCAGUGUAAGGUCGGCGGGAUGACCGCGGUUGGUUUUUGAUCGGUGUUCGUCAUUGUGAUGCUGCCACCCAACACCCUGUGCCAAAUUAAGUCAAUCUAUACCUCUGUCUUAUUCUCGUCUCUAUGAAUACCAGUCUUCCCAAUAAUUACAGGCCUACCGUUUGCACUGGGAGGUACCCAGAGAAUGGGUGCCAAGGCAACUUCCCUCUCAAAGGCACUCCAGGUCUAUGUGAACGAUGCCACC